AUGUCCCAAGUUACUCCCGCAAAGGCCCAAAACACGGACUCGCAGACGUUUCUUACAGCUCUCGUAACAAACGCGGCCAUACUUUCCCUCGAGAUUAUCGCCUUUGUCUUCCUCAAGCAUCGGCUGAGUAGGAUCUAUGAGCCCCGGACAUACCUACCUCCCCCAUCGAAACGUGCCGUCAAAUUACCGAGUGGAUGGUGGAGAUGGACGCUAGCAAUCGCGGCGAUACCCACAGGGGACGUGCUGCAGAAGAAUGGCAUGGACGCGUACAUGUUCUUGCGCUUCCUGCGACUCCUCGUCAUUCUCUUUGCUUCUAUCACUGUUCUCUCCUGCGGCAUUCUCUUGCCAGUGGAUACUGCCGGCCUGACCGAAGACAACUUCUCCGACAAGCUCGCGCGGUUGAGCUGGGGAAAGUAUGUCGAUUUUCAACCUUAUGCCACCGGUCGUUAUGCUGCUCACGUCGCUGUUGUCUGGCUCUCGACGUUCUGGACGUGUUACCUCAUUCGGCGCGAACUACAGCAUUACACGAAGAUGCGCCACGAAUUCCUCAUAUCUCCUGCGCAUUCAUCGUUAGCACAGGCGCGAACAGUCCUCAUCACGAACAUACCUGUAGAGAUGUGCAACGAGCACGAGCUCCGACGCUGGGCAAGCUUCGUGCCUGGAGGUGUACAAAACAUAUGGAUAUAUCGUGAUACGCAAGACCUGAACAAAGACUAUACUGCCCGCCUGAAAGCAUGCAAGAAGCUCGAGAAAGCGGCCUCAAAGCUCAUCCGCACUGUCGUCAAGGCGAAACGCAAGCAGGACGCGGCCUCUGAGAAGCAAUACCGCAAGACGCACAAGGACGAGAUCCGCAAGAACGAACGUGAUGGUAGUGAAGAUGCAGACAAUGACUCAGAGAGGCUGCUCGACCUGUACGCCCCACCGAACAAGCGGCCGCGGCACAGAACUGGGUUCCUUGGCCUCUUCGGCCGUAAGGUAGACACGAUCGAAUGGUACAAGGACGAGAUCGCUCGCCUGAACACUAGUAUCAACGAGAAGCGUGGCGACCUGUACGACCGUGGCAAGGAUGCUCCCCGCCCUCUUGGGAGCGCAUUCAUCCAAUGCAACCUACAGAUGGGUGCGCACGUACUGGCGCAGUGCAUCAGCUACCAUGCGCCGCUCGCGAUGUAUGACAAGUACGUCGAGGUCUCGCCGCGAGAUGUUAUUUGGGACAAUAUCGACGAUGGCGCGUACGAGACCCGUUUCCGCUACGUCACGUCGUGGCUUGGCAGCGUUGUCCUCAUUAUUAUAUGGUUCGCACCCGUUGCAUUCGUUGGCACGCUCAGCAACGUUGCAACGCUCUGUGAGAAGCUGUCAUGGACGUGCUGGAUUCGGGACGCCCCAACACCCGUGCCGGGAAUAAUCCAGGGCAUUCUUCCACCACUUUUCCUCGCCAUCCUCUUUGCAAUAUUGCCAUGGGUACUUAAGGGCCUUGCAUGGUAUGAGAAUAUACCCCGGUGGUCGCUGCUCUCGAUGAGCGUGUACAAGCGAUACUUCUUUUUCCUCGUCGUACACGGCUUCCUUAUCGUCACGCUCAGCUCCGGAUUCGCAAGUGCAGCAUCAAAUAUUGCCAAAGACCCCACCACCACUGUUGCCGACCUCGCCAGCCAGCUCCCGAACGCGUCGAUCUUCUUCCUCACCUGGACACUGACUCAGGGUCUGACAGGUGCCGGUAGCGCGCUGCUGCAGGUCGGCCAGCUCAUCGGUCACUUCGUUAGGAAAUGGCUCCUCGGCCGCACUCCGCGCCAGGCGUACGCAGUGACAUUCAUGAUGCCCAAGGCAAUUUACCCCCAGGCUAACUUUGGCCUUGUCUUACCGAGGAUAUCCCUCCUUGCAACGAUUGGCCUUGCGUAUAGCGUCAUAUCACCAAUCAUCAACCCUCUCGCUACCGUAUCAUUUAUGCUAUUCUUUCUUUCGUGGAAGUUCCUGCUGACAUGGGUAUUCGACCAACCGGACGAGGCAGAGACAGGCGGACAAUACUUUCCGCUUGCAAUCAAUUUCCUCUUCGUCGGCAUGUACAUCGAGCAAACCUGUCUUGCUGCGCUCUUUUUCCUCAACGUGGCGAACAACCUUGUCUUCAUCGUCGAAGGUGUACUCAUGGUCAUCCUCAUGAUUUUCACGUUAUGCGCGCAGAUCUUGCUUCGGCGCAGUUUCCUUCGUGAGUGUCUAUCCGGAGGGUUAGACCAAGAGGCGAAAUGCUAA